AUGGCGGGCCCGGACCCCAUGAGUGACCUCACCCUGGAUGCCACUGACAUCCUGCUGCUAGUGAGCCUGCUCGCCAUUUGCUUAGUGGUGAACAACGUCAUUCAGAAGCAGUCUUGGCCGAUUCCGGAGGCCAUUUCCACCAUCGCCCUGGGCAUCGCCAUGGGCGCGGUGGCAGUGGCCUUCCCCGAGGUCAAUCGGAAUACCUUCCGGAAACUGGAAGACAUGUCGGCCAAGCAGUUCAUGUUGGUCUUUAUCGCGCCCAUCAUUUUUGCCGAAGGCUACGGCAUGAAGAGCCAGCAAUUCUUCGACAACAUCACACGCAUAUUGCUGCACGCCUUUCUGGGCACGUUGAUCUCAGCACUGGUGGUGGGCCUGGCGCUGCAGUACCUGGCGCCGCUGACGGGCGGGCCUCAGCUGGGCCUCGCGGAGUGCCUGGCCUUCGGGGCCAUGAUCAGCUCCACGGACCCCGUCACGACCCUCGCGAUCUUCAAGGAGCAGCGGCUGGCGGAGAACGGCAGGGGCCACCUCUACUAUUCUGUUUUGGGUGAGUCCAUCCUGAAUGAUGCUGUGGCCAUCACCCUCUUUGACAGCUUCUGCAACCUAGUGAGGUCUGGCGAGGCCCUCAAUGGCCUGGUAGCCUUGAGGAUCCUCCUGGAGUUUUGCGAAGUCUUUCUCGCGUCGACGGCCAUCGGCGUCGCAGGCGGGUUGGCCACGGCGUUUCUGCUGAAGUCGGCGCGGCUGGGAGCGGGGGCCAGCGAGGGGGAGCACUUCUAUUUCAACAUCCCAGAGAUCGGAGUGGCGCUGGUCCUGGCCUACGUGCCGUUCCUGGUGGCAGAGGCCUGCAACAUGUCCGGCAUCGUGGCCAUCAUGUUUACAGGCAUCACCACCCGGCAAUAUGCGCACUUUAAUUUGACGCAGAUCACGCGGCAGAUCUUUCUGCCCACGGUGGAGCUCAUCGCCUCGCUGUGCGAGACCUACGUCUUCAUCCUGCUGGGCCUGGGCGUCUUCUUGCUGCGCGAGGCCUUCAGCCUGCCGCUGAUCCUGUGGACGCUGGCGGCCUGCCUGGUGGGCCGCGCCUUGAAUGUGUACCCCCUCUCUCUGGUGGCAAACUGUCUCUCUUCAGGGCCAAAGAUGUCCUUUAAUGAGCUGCAUAUGGUUUGGAUGGCUGGGCUGCGGGGGACUAUCGCCUUCAUUUGCGCCCUCGGCUUCCCCAACGAGGCCGGGCACCAGGACCAGCUGCUCUGUACCACCGUCAUCACCGUGAUGGUGUCCCUGGUCUUCCUGGGUUGGCCCACGGCCCCCGUGCUCCGCUGCCUCCGCCUGGACGCCGCGCCGGAGGCCGAGACGGCGCGGGCGCCUCGCACCUCCUGGUCCGCCUUCCCGGGCAGCGGCUCGGUGCGGCAAGCCUCGGCCAGGCUGAAGAAGUUGCUAAUGACCCAGGAUGCCAUUGCCGAAGAUGAGAUGAGUCUUUUUGAGGAGGCCAACGGCGCCUCCCCGGAGCCCAGAAACAGCGGGAUGGGCUGUAGUUUUGACGCCCCACGCGCGCGACUGUCAGCGCCUGGCGCACUUGGUGCAGGCACCUUUGAUGAGGCUCGCUUGGGACGCCUUUCCACGUCGUCUGCUCGACCUGGGCGGAUGUCCUUGCCAAGCAGAUCAUCGAGAAUGCUUUGUAACAUGUAG